AUGGGAAUGGAGUAGCUGAUACAUUGGCUUUUCUCAUUUUACCUGCCCUCAUCAAACACACUUUCCGAUCCAACCAGAGCAGUGGUACAUGGAAAAUCACUAAAGAGAAAAGCACCGAUUCAUUUAUGCAACACAUAAAAGACCACGAAUUAUUGGAUACGAUAAAAAAUGACUAUUCUAAGUUUCUACAAUCACAUUCAGUGCAGGAACCGCAACCAUAUGUAGUUUGCUGUGGCCCAUUGGAUGCUCUAACUUGCGUUCAUGCAGUUGUAGGUGAUAUCGUGUAUGAUUUUACCACGGCGACCGAAGCAGUCGAUUUUUUGUACAAAACGUUGCGCGUCUUGGAUAUUCAAUACCCUGUUGGAUGCCCUCAUGUUUGGUCGUACUUCCAGCUCAUUUUUAAUCAAAAAGAUCGCAGAGUCAUUGCGAAAAACAAGUGCCUUGAAUUAGAUGCAGAUAUAAAAGAAUUGAAGAAUAAAAGGCAAAGAACCAAAUAGGUUUUAAAAUUAAGAAAUUUUUAGUAACUUAAUCGUUUUUCGACUUUUAUGCACUGUAGUAUAACUAAAUUUUAUUCAUUAAGUUAGUAAAAUGGAUCUAGAUUUAGAAGUAGGCCGAUUAGUGAGUAAAUUAUACGAGAAUCCUAGGUUCACUUUAAGCGACGUGGAUUUCGUUAUUAAUACAUUUCGAGAUUAUAUAAAAAACGAUUACAAUCCGUCAUUAAUGAACAAAAUAAAUUCAUCAAUACAUGAAGCUGUAAGUGACGAAGCACAAACGGAAAUAAACCAUGUUUUCAACAAUCUAGAAGAUACUUUUGAAAAUGUCAGUUCUGAAUAUAAUCGUGAAAAACUAUUCAGAGACUUAGGUUUUAAUAUAGACGCAGACUUCGUUCCGAUUGGAGAGACAGAAAAUUUUGUAAUAAUUGAUAAUGGUACAGUUGUUAAGAAAAAAAAACCGGUAAAGAUGGUUCACAUUUCUUUAAGAAAAUCAUUAACCGACUUGCUGAAUAUCGACGGAUUGUUUCCAGCAAUAUUAGCUUAUAUUUCUACUUUAAAUGAGUCAUCAGUUAUGAGUAAUUUUUUACAAGGAGAGUUAUGGAAAGAGCAAUUAAAGAAUUUUAGUGAAUCUAAAAGUGAAUAUGAUUUGGCUCUUCCUUUAUUCGGGUACCACGACGAUGUAGAAAUCGGCAACGCUCUAGGUCCGCACGCGGGCACUAAUAAAAUAGGAGUAUUUUAUGCAGUCCUACCUUUUCUACCACCAGGUCUUGCCUCUAAAUUAAUCAGUAUUCUCAUAGUUGAUUUAUUUUAUGCAAAUGAUAGGAAAAAAUAUGGCAAUGAAAAAAUUUUCUGUACUACGAU